AUGUAUCUCCGAGCGUGUUGUAAUCUUGAAACAAUUUUCGAGAACGCAAGUGAUGAUGAAAUCUCAUCUACUCUUCAAAGUCAAUCUGAAAUUGACCUUAUUGCUACAGUUGAUUCCACUAAUUCAUUCGAUAAAAAUCGCAGUGCAAUUUCGUCAAUUAAACAACACCAGAGAAAUAUCACGCCCAGACGAUCAAAUUCACAUCUCGAAACGACUCGCAAAACUAGAGUGAUGGAAGGUAGACGUAAUGCUAUUAUUAAUCCCAACCUAUCACUCCCAAUAUUUCAAAAAGACGCAAAUUAUCCUGGCAAAGAGUUCAUGAACCGACGGUACGCUACCGACUGCAUAAGUCCCACAAUUGCUUCAACGCAUUCCAAUACUUCAAAAAAUUCAGUUAUAAAUUCUCUUCAUAAUUUUAGUUCACCUACUUUAUCCGAUCUUUAUUAUGAAAACGAUGUUAAAAAACUACAAAGCUGUCCUUCACUUAUUUCUUUCAAAGUGCAUAUUCAUUGGAUCUAUCCUUCUUCUCCCUUAGUAAUUAAAUUAUUUAGAAAUAUUUCAUUACGAAAAUUUAGAAAAAUUGUGGCAAAAAGUUGUGGAAUCAAGGUACCAAAAGAUAGUGUUAUUAUUUGGCAUAGGAAUUUAAAUUGUGAUGGAAUAAGUGUUGGAGAAGAAAGUAAUGAUAAAGUAGUUUUAAAACACUUGUUAAAAUCCGGAAAAGUCAGUGGUAUUAAAACUGAUGCUAGGUGGAAAUGUUUAAAAUCUUUUUGGUGUAAUGAUGUGGAAGUUUCUGUUGUUAAAAAAGAAUUAUUGGAAUAA